AACUUCUUGAAACAAGAAGCAGACACCAAUUGACAAAAGAUGCUACUGAAUCGCUUACCACGAUCAGUUUUCUUUUCUCAAUUUCGCUACAAUGCAGGACUAAGGAUACUUGUCUCACGGCCCGUCCAAUAUCGCCGUGAUUUCUUGACAUCCGCUACAGAAGCCCCUGAUAUCGCAUUUGCUUUCGAUAUCGAUGGCGUCCUCCUUCGUUCCUCCAAACCUAUACCUGGCGCUUCAGAUGCUCUUCGUACCCUCCAAGAACGCGGGAUCCCCUUUAUCUUGUUGACGAAUGGCGGCGGAAAGCAUGAGACUGAAAGAGUCGCCGAGAUUAGCGAAAAAUUGAACAUAUCUCUAGAUCCAAGCGUCAUUAUUCAGAGUCAUUCACCGUUUGCUGAGCUGGUCAAUGGCGCAUUUGGACAGGAGGCAUUAGAGAAUAAAACUAUUCUAGUAGCCGGCGGUGACGGUGACAGUUGCCGCCAAGUCGCCGAAAGGUACGGAUUCAAAUCAGUCGUGACGCCAGCAGAUAUAUUCGUUGCGCAUCCCGGUAUAUGGCCGUUCGCCAAAGUCUUCAAAGACUAUUACAAGUCUUUUGCACGGCCGCUUCCCAAACCAAUUGACCCAAGCGAUCCUCAGAAAAGUCUUAAAAUUGACGCAAUGUUCGUGUUCAAUGACCCACGAGACUGGGGUCUUGACGCCCAGAUCAUAAUAGACAUACUUUUAUCUUCGCAGGGUAUCCUGGGAACGUUGUCUGAUAAGAACGGCAAGUCUAAUUUGCCAAACCGCGGAUAUCAGCAAGACGGCCAACCUCCACUGUACUUUUCGAAUCCAGAUUUAUGGUGGGCAGCAAGUUACCAUCUUCCGAGACUCGGUCAAGGAGGUUUCCGUGAAGCUUUGGAAGGAACCUGGUCAGCCGUAACUGGAGGGCCGGACUAUGGAGUCGAGCUUAUUAAAACUGUGGUUGGAAAGCCAUAUGCGCUUACAUACAGAUUUGCUGAAAACCAAUUACUAAGGAACCGAUCGAAGAUAUUUGAUAGUGACAGUCUUCCUCCGAUAAGGAACGUUUUCAUGAUCGGUGAUAAUCCGGAAUCUGAUAUUCGUGGAGCGAACUCUUACAAGAGUGAACAUGGUAGCAAAUGGCAUUCGAUCCUUGUGCGGACCGGCGUGUAUGGUGGUGGUACUCCCUCAUACGAACCGACAAUCAUUGCGGACGAUGUGAAAUACGCCGUAGAGUGGGCGCUGAAGUCUUCUGAAUACUGAGCAGUCUCUACUAGCUAUCACCGUCGAAACCUGGAUAUGUAAAUAUACAUUGCAUACCAAAACUUGUCAACAAAUGCCGUUGAGAUAUAUACCAGCUUCAUAGCCUUGAAAUCUAAGGCCGACAGUCUCACAUAUCACAGGACUCUGUAUAGUUACAACUAUACACUAAUACAAUGAUAUCCCAAAUCAAUCUUU